ACAUGGGUCCAAGCCCAAACCUAAAUGGAGCCCAAGUAAUGUAAGGAAUGCCUAUGAGCCUAUCUUUCUUUGAAAACCCUAACUCGAAGCUCUCCCUUCCUUCGAAAUCUGUUAAUGAUUUCGAUUUUAAUUUUUCCGGAAAUGAAGUUAGGAGUUAAGGACUUUCAAUUCAAGGGUUGAGCUUGAUUUGAUAUUCGAGUGACUGUUUUAUCAUCUAGGUUUUUGGGCUCUAAACAUGUCGGGAAAUUCGAGGGAUAGAGUAACGAUUACGCUUGGACGCAGCGGCCAGGUGGUAAAGAGGGCUGUCUCAGAUGUUGAUUAUUCUAAUUGUAUGCCCAAUGCUGGAAGUAAGCGAUCCCUAAGAGAUAGACUAGGAAGUAAUUUGGAUGAUUCGUUGGCUCGUGGAAGCAAAGUCGGCAACAAACGGCAGAGAGGGGAUAGUAGUUUGACGGGUUGGAAUGGUAAAGGUGGGGAUGAACGCAUUGGUAAAGAUGACCUCCGUUUCAAGCUCAUGCAAAAGAAUGUGUUUAGACGAGCUCACACUGAUGAUGAUGAACAGAGGAUUGACCUUCGUGAAAAGCUGUCUAGGACACAACGUCCUUCGAGUAAUCUUGAUACGCGGAAGAGCAUGCCUGAGUCAAGGGAGACCAGUAUCAUGGGGAGAAUCCUCGAGUCGAGGGAGACUAGUAUCGUGGGAAGAAUCCCUGAGUCGAGGGAAACCAGUAUCAUGGGGAGAAUCCCUGAGUCGAGGGAAACCAGUAUCAUGAGGAGAAUCCCUCCCAGAAGAAGUGCAGAUGAUUUGUCUCGGAUGGACUCAUUUAGGAACUCUUACUCCGUUUGGAAUCUAGAUCAUUUACGACGAAGAUCCCCUGAUCGAGUUGUAGGUACUUCUAGAGGUCUAUCACCACCAAGGAGCAUGGAAGACCUACAGAGAAGACCAAGCAGGGCAUAUGAUGAUGUUAGAGCAGUUCCAUAUACGAGGAAAGAUGUUAUUGAUGCUCCAAGGCCAGGGAAUUCUUCACCUUUCUUGACAAAACCUACAAUGCCUACUGUAUCUCAAAAGCCUGCAGCACCACUUAUGGGGCAACUUCCUCCACCAAGCAGUGUCGUACAGAAAAGUUCAUACACAGUUGCUGAACAACUCACUGUUGAUGGCUUGUUACAUUCACUGGGAUUGGGAAAAUAUGCCAUUCUUUUCAAGGCUGAAGAAGUGGAUAUGUCUGCAUUGAAGCAGAUGGGUGAAAAUGAUCUCAAAGAGCUGGGAAUACCUAUGGGUCCAAGAAAGAAGAUUCUUCUUGCUCUCUUGCCUCGUUCAAAGCGACACGCUUGACACUUAUAUGUUACUCUAUGCGGGGAUUAUUAGUUUUCUUCUUAGGGAGGACCUCAUUUUGAAGAAACAUUUCUUGAUAGUUGUAUCUGAACCAUGGACAGGCCAUCGGAUGUUUUAAACCAAAAAUUACUAUAUUAGCUAGUCAGAAGAUCAUGGCCAAAAUAUUUCAGAUGCAGAAUAUGUUCCCUUUAUUCGUAAACUGUUACGUCUUUGUGGUGCUCUUUGGGUUUGCUUUGAACCCUUAAUACAAAAACUAGAUCAGCGAAGAACUUUGUAUUAGGUAUUUGUGCAUGACGCUACUUGAUUAUAAAUGUUGGCUGCUGGGUAACCUGCAAAUGAAUGUUCCUGGUUGUGAAUGUUCAAUCAACUGAUUGUUUGAAACAUUUUGGCCCA